AUGGACAAGUGCAUCCAGUGCAACGUUUGCAGCGCCAUCUGCCCGCACGCUGUGAUCCGUCCCUUCCUGCUCUCGCAUGCCGAGCUGAAGAAGGCCCCAGAUGCCUUCGAUGCACGCAAGGCAACAGGUGGCAACACCUACGCCGGACUUCACUUCCGCAUCCAAGCCUCUCCCAAUGACUGCACAGGCUGCGAAGUCUGCACCAACGCAUGUCCGGUUGGAGCUUUGUCCAUGCUGCCCCGCCUGGAGUCUCUCGACAAGGGCCACGGAGACAAUUGGGACUAUGCCAUGUCGAUUCCGAACCGCGGCAAGCGAUUCGAUGCCAACACCCUCAAGGGCUCCCAGUUCCAGGAGCCUCUGCUGGAGUUCUCUGGCGCAUGCGAAGGAUGCGGCGAGACUCCCUAUGCCAAGCUUGUGACACAGAUGUUCGGCAAGCGCCUGAUCGUCGCCAACGCCACAGGCUGCAGCAGCAUUUGGGGAGGAACUGCCGGAUGGGUGCCCUAUGCCACGGACAAGGAGUCGGGCAAGGGCACUGCCUGGGGCAACUCGCUGUUCGAGGACAACGCGGAGUACGGGCUGGGACAGGUCAUCCACGUCCGCCAACGUCGGCGCCAGCUGCGUGAUCGUGUGGAGGCGGCUCUUGCCAGGGCAGGGAAAUCCCUCAGCGUCGCGCUGAGGAGCCUGUUGGAGCAAUGGCUGGAGUUUGGAGAGGACGGUAUCAUCUCGGAGCGCUUGAGCGACGAGAUCUUGCCGCUGCUGAAUGCCGAGCAGGGAAAAGCCAAGGAGAUUGCCGAACUCAUCCGUUUGAAGGACAUGUUCACCAAGCCUUCCAUGUGGAUGUUCGGCGGCGACGGCUGGGCCAAUGACAUCGGUUACGGUGGCAUCGACCAUGCGAUUGCCAGUGGAAGCAAUGUCAAGAUCUGUGUGCUGGACACCGAGGUCUACUCAAACACCGGUGGCCAGUCGUCCAAGUCCACGCCCAUGGGAGCUGUGGCCAAGUUUGCGCAGGCCGGUCGCGAUCAGCGAAAGAAAGACCUCGGAGCGAUGGCCAUGGCAUACCAGCACGUCUAUGUUGCUUCCGUGGCCAUCGGUGCCAACUACAAGCAGUGCGUUGAGGCAUUUGCCGAAGCCGAGAAAUAUGACGGGCCGGCGUUGCUGAUGUGCUACGCCCCUUGCAUUGAGCAUCGCUUCUUCAAGACAGGUCUUUCUGCGAUGUCACUGGACCAGCGCGAUGCUGUCGAAUGUGGCUACUGGCCCCUCUACCGCUUCAAUCCGCAUCUCGCGAAGAUUGGUGACAAUCCGUUCAUCCUCGACUCCAAGAAGGUCACUGGGGACGUCAUGAAGUUCCUGAACCGCCAGAACCGAUAUGCACAGCUCGUCAGGAGCUCCCCGGCCGUGGCAGAGAAGCUCCAGGGCGAGCUUCAGGUGUACCUGAAGCAGCGCCACGCCAGCCUGAAAGCCAAGGCUACUGAGCUCUCCCAGGAUGUUGCUGCGCUAAAGGAUGGGCUGAAGCAGGCAAACUCUGUCGCCGAGCCUGUCCUGAUCGCGUUCGGUUCGGACACCGGCGUCACUGAGCAGGUGGCCAAGAAGUUUGCAGGACUUUGUGCCGAGCGCGGUGUCCAGGUUCGCCGGACCUGCGACCUCGAUGAGAUCAGCGACAUGGAGGAGCUUAAGGCUGCCGCGCUUGGUGCGACUAUGGUCGUGAUGUGCUCCACCUGCGGACACGGCGACUUCCCGCAGAACGCCGGAUUGUUCUGGAGCAGCCUCUCUUCGACGACUCUGGCGCCCAAGGAGCUCGACGGCGUUCGCUUCUGCGUCUUUGGCAUGGGCGACCGAUCCUAUCAUGACUCUUUCUGCGAGGCAGCGAAGAAGAUCGAAGAGCGCUUCGUGAAGCUAGGCGCUACGCGCAUCUUGGACAUGGGCAUCGGCGAUGAUCGCGACGAGGACAAGUGGGAGACCGGAUUUACGGCCUGGCUUCCAAAGUUCUGGGCGGCGAUCAAGGCUCCAGAGCCUGUCGACGAUGGCAGGCCGAAGACGCCGCUCUUCGAGGUGAAGUACCACGAGAAUGCUGCUGCCGUCACAGCUGCUAUGGUCCCUCCGGGAGCGCAGCUGCUCACGGUGACGGAGAACCGACGUCUUACCCCCAACGAGUACGAGCGAGACAUCCGCCACGUCGCGCUGAGCCUCCAGGGCGUUGACUUUCCGUUUGACCUGGGCGAUGCCGUCGCUCUCUACCCGGAGAACUUGCCCCAGGACGGUUCCAUCGUCAGUGAUUUGUAUGAGUAA